UAUUAAUAUUUUGAUUUUUGAUCUUUUCAAAUUUUUUAGGUAUUGCUGGAUGCUGUGCCAAAACAACAGUUGCUCCUUUGGAUCGAGUAAAGGUUUUAUUACAAGCUCACAAUCACCAUUACAAACAUUUGGGAGUAUUUUCUGCAUUGCGUGCUGUUCCCCAAAAGGAGGGAUACCUUGGAUUGUAUAAAGGGAAUGGUGCAAUGAUGAUUCGAAUCUUUCCCUAUGGUGCAAUCCAGUUUAUGGCAUUUGAGCAUUAUAAAACGUUAAUUACCACAAAGCUGGGAAUUUCUGGUCACGUGCACAGAUUGAUGGCUGGAUCCAUGGCAGGUAUGACAGCAGUUAUCUGUACUUACCCUCUUGACAUGGUUAGAGUACGCCUAGCAUUCCAGGUGAAAGGGGAACACACUUAUAAAGGAAUUAUUCAUGCAUUCACAACAAUUUAUGCAAAGGAAGGUGGUUUCCUUGGAUUUUACAGAGGCCUGAUGCCUACUAUAUUAGGAAUGGCUCCAUAUGCAGGUGUUUCAUUUUUUACUUUUGGUACCUUAAAGAGUGUUGGGCUUUCUCAUGCUCCUACCCUUCUUGGCAGACCUUCAUCAGACAAUCCUAAUGUCUUAGUUUUGAAAACUCACAUAAACUUAAUUUGUGGUGGUGUUGCUGGAGCAAUAGCACAGACAAUAUCCUACCCAUUUGAUGUAACUCGUCGGCGAAUGCAAUUAGGAACUGUUCUUCCCGAAUUUGAAAAGUGCCUUACCAUGAGGGAGACUUUGAAGUAUGUCUAUGGACACCAUGGAAUUCGAAAAGGAUUAUAUCGUGGUUUAUCUCUUAAUUACAUUCGCUGCGUUCCUUCUCAAGCAGUGGCUUUUACAACUUAUGAACUCAUGAAGCAGUUUUUUCACCUCAAUUAAAAAAAAUCAUGAUUCCUUUUCCUUAAUAAACUCUCAGAGGGAGAAAUAACAUGUUAAUUUGGGGGAGACCAUUACUUGAAAGGGGAUAUUUUACCCUGUCACAGGAACCACUGGUAUUUUAGUACUUGAUUUUUUUUAUUCAUCACAAAUCAAAAGUGCUUACUAUUUGAUGCCAAAAGUUGUAUCUUAGAACAUUGCAAAAAAAUUCCUGAGCUGAUGCUGGCUAAUCAGUAAGGUUAUUUGAAACCAUUUUAAAGUGUUAUUUGGAAGUAGAACUAACAUAAAAUGGGAUUCAAGGGGUUGCCAUUAGUUUUAUCAUGCUUUUCCAAGCUUUUAAUUGCAAUCAUGAUUUUCAAAGACUAACAUUGGUUAUUGUUAUUAUUAUAAACAGGCUUAGUUAUAUUGUAGCAGAAUGAUGAGAACUGAAAAUUUAAGUAAUAUAAAACAUAGCUUAGAAGCCAGCAUUGAAGUAUUAUUCUUAACUAUCUCUCUUCUCAUAAUUCUGCUCCACUGGAUAAUAGGAUAAACAGUUUUUCUCUUCAUUUUUUUAAUAAAGUAAAUGUUGUAUUUAAAAAGUAGCUAUGUAUAGACUCAGUAAGUCAGGAAUUUUCAGAUAUUGCUCAAAUGUUAUUACAAGUUUCUAUGAGUGAUUUAAAAGUAUUUUUAAAAGUCAGUGUAUUUCCCAAAAGCAGUAAUAAUAAAUACAGAAUAUCUUUGUUCUCAAAACAGAUUCAUAUUAUAGAUUUGUUUUUGUUAGGUAAUUUGGUGUAUAGU